AAUUCUUACUGCAAUAGUAGCUUAAAUAGUAUUUAGCAUCUUUCAUUUCACGACUUUAGAUUUUAAUACCCAUGUAAGUAUUUGACAUUUUUUAUUAGAAGUCUCAUCAUCUUUAUGAUUCUACUCAAGGUUACCCGGCCAACGGGCCGGGCCCGACGCUAGUUUAAUAGAGGCCACAAGCAACACCGUUAACCUAGCCUUUUUCCCGUUAGGUGUUCCGUUGAGUAUUAAUUUAUAAUUAAUAAAAUGAAAGAAAAGGAACCAAUAGAAGUAUCCCACCUGGACAGGUUGCAGGAAUCCCCUCCAACCUAGUCUGCAGGUAAAUAUUGUCCAUAAACUAAUGUAUUAAACUAUUAUUAUUGAAUCGUUUCCCUCCUUGUACAUUCUAUUUACUUUGAGGACCUUUUUGGUUAUUUGUCUUGUAAUCUAAUUAUCCAUGGAGAUUAGUUGACGGGGUAUAUUAGGAGUUGAGGUUUGCUUUGCUAAACCAACUCUCGUAUGCGCAGCCUGUAUAUUGCGAAGAGAAAUAAAAGAACCUGAGAGCUUGGCUCUCCGUGGAGUAGUCUCGUUCACAUUGAACAAGGAAAUCACGUAAAUCAUUGUGUUGUGCUUCCUCGUUUUAGUAGAUUUUACAUGGUAUCAGAGCAGGUCGUGAUCUAAACCUGUCGUUUCAACUAUGACUACUGGGGAAGAUAGAGGUUCGGGCAGCAAGGUCAUCGUCACCGACGUGGAUACCAUUGCGAUGACCUCGCCACUCUAUCUCCACCCGUCAAAGAAUCCAUCCCAAUUAUUUGAGAGCGAUCUCUUGACUAAUUCUAAUUACGGCGAAUGGGUUAACGAUAUGACGGAAACCCUAAUUGCUUAAAACAAGCUGGUGUUCGUUGAUGGUAGUUUUCCUCGUUCCAAAGCAAGUCCAGGAGUCAGGGACGAUGCUUGGAGACGUUGUGACGCUACGGUGAAGGGAUGGCUGAAGACAGCCAUGAGCAAGAAAGUAAAAAAUAGUGUCCGGGCUGCCAAAACAGCGCGUGACAUAUGGGCGGAUCUCCAAUAGCGGUUUGGAAAGGGUUCAGCAGGAAGAGCUCAGCAGGAAGAGCUCAUGAACUUCGCAGAACGAUCGGCUCGUUGUGAUAGGAAAAGCCUUCCGUGUUUGCCUUCUAUACCAAGCUCAUAAACUACUGGGAUGAGCUUCAUUCAGUCACUAUAAACCCACGUUGCACUUAUGGUACCUCUACAUGUGAUGUUGGGAGACAGACGAGGGAGAAGGAGGAAACGAACCGCCUAUUUGAUUUCUUGCUAGGGUUGGACGAUGCUUUUUUGGUUGUGCGUUCUCAAAUGCUAAGCUUUAAGCCAACACCAUCUUUGGCAGAGGCUUUUCAGCUGGUUGCGGCUGAGGAGCAACAGCGCCACAUCACAAGUGCUCGCCGUCCUCCGAUUGAAGAAGCAACAUUCCAAACUCGCCGCGAACGAUAAACUGAAGAGGAACCUCUUCGUUGUAGCCAUUGCAACAAAAAGGCCACACGAAGGAGACAUAUUUUAAACUGAUUGGGUACCCAACUGAUCAAGUAAAGAGUCGUCAAGCCAAGCGCGAGAGUGAUGGAUGACGUGGGAAGACUGAUGGGAAGCCACAGCCGCGUGCAGCAAAUAUGGAGGUUGAAGAGAGUCCAAUCCCAGUUCUGUCAGCAGUUCAGUUUGCUCAAUUGAAACAACUACUGACGCCGCCCGAGCCUUCAGUUUCAUAAUUGAUAAGCCGUUAAUUGCACAUGUUUUUACCCCUAUUCUGGAGCCGUUUGAGAUGGUAAUUCUCGUGUUUUAGGCCGAUUUCACGCUAGGUUGUGUUUGUUUGUGAUAUUUCAGGUCCUAGCAAGUGAAUGAAGGUUUAGGAGCGAGUUCGGGGUCGGUUGGACGAAGAUCGGGCGCGAGGCAAGUCAAAAAGGAAGCCACACGGGCACACCCACAACUCACACGGCCGUGCAAGUGACCACUUUGGCCUUGUGGGAUUGUGCGAGCCUUCACACAGCCAGCCCUUAUAUUCACACGGCCGUGUGAAGUUGCACUUUGGCCGUGUGGAAUUCUGCGAGGCUUCACACGGCCAAGCUGGGUGAGCUACACGGUCGUGUGACCCUGGCCGUGUGGGAAGCCUGAAAUCCAAUUAUUCGGAACGCGGCGUUUUGACCUCACAAGGGCAACUGGGUAUGCCACACAGCCGUGUGAUCGGGAAUUUCUGUUUAAAACUCGAUUUUCAGCCAAAGGAAAGAGGAGAGCUGGGUUUUUGGUUCCCAAACACCCAAGGGACGAACCCUAGAGAGAGAGCGACUUGGGAACAUUCUUGGAGCUAUUUUGGAGGAUUUCUUCGCCAUUGGAGCUUGGGAAUCAAGCUUGGAGAUGGAGAUUGAAGAUCUAGAUCAGAUUUCUGCAGUCUCUCUCUUCUCUAUGGAGUAACUUCCCUUCACUUAGGUUUUGAGGAACCCUAGUUCCAUGUUUUAGGAUCUUUCUUGUAUGAAGUUUUGGCUGCUAUAUUGUUUGAUUAUAAUCGAUUGAGGCAUGAUUUAUUGAGUCAAUUGAAGCCUGAUCAUCUUCUCUUGAUUUCUGCUUUAACCUAUGAUAGAUAGAAUCUGAUUAGGUUAAGAGAGCUUCCUUGAUUGAUAGUGGUGAAUUGGUUGUGCGAGAGUCAAUCAAUUCACUGCUUUGUACUGGAAUUCAUUCCAGUAGUGGAGAUCUGUGUGAAUCGCCUUAACAGUAUACCCCGGUGAAGGCUAGUCGCCUGCCGGGUAUUCUGUCUAAGAGGGCUUGGUCAGCUUAAGAGAUUCCAAGCAAAUUUAGGAUCUUCCGCAGUUUAAUCAACAGUAGACCAACCAAAAGUAAUUGCAACUUGGACUUAACUGAGGAGCUAGGGGGAAUCACACCUAAGUGAGUUCCCAACCUGUAAUUAGAUUAACUUUAACUGUAGUUUGCUAGAGUAGUUUUAGUUCUUUCAUCUUCAUCUGGUUUGCUAAAUAAUAAACUGAAGUUGAGUAAUAGUAACUCUAGAGACCCGUGGAUUCGAUAUUUAUCACUUGAGCCACUAUACUGCAGUCCCUUCCAUUGGUUACACUUGGCCAUUGUUAGGUGUUGUGUUUUAGCGUGUCAAGUUUUUGGCGCCGUUGUCGGGGACUUUCUAGAUUAUUAGGAAAGGCAAAAGUUUGUUACUUUAGCAUUUUUUCCACCCUUGCUUUUCACUUGGGUGUUUUUUUUUUUUUUUUGCUUUGUUGGUGCAGAUCUGAAUCAUGGAUCCUAAUGGCUUCUCUAACCAGUGGGGGUAUCCACCACCAUCUGAGUGGUAUUACCCCGAGACUUCCUGGAGCAAUCAAGGAGGAGAGGACUAUGGAUUCGGGUUCCAGUACCAACCCCCUUACUAUGGAGAACAAUCAGGCCCCUGGGCAUAUCAAGAACAACCUCAUUACCAAGAAGACUUUCUCCCACAACCAGAAGGGCCAUCGGAGCUGGAGUUACCCAUGGCGGCCUUCGCGGGCCACUCUGCAGAGCCAUGCUACACUUCACUGGAAGAUCCGAACAAACAAUUAAGGCUUCUCGUGGAGCAGUUUGCUCGAGACACUGAGAGAUCAUGCUCCAAGAUGGAUCUUCAAAUCAAAGCCCUUGCCCCUUCCGAUCCCUCAUUUCUCCAUGAUAUGGAGGAGACUGUUCAGCGCUCAGCGAAGCAAACAGAGUGGGUGCAGCAAGUUUGCUCACAUCAUGCUCAAGAUCACCUUUCUGCUACCACGCUAGAAGAGGUGGAGGAUGACAAAGGCUACGGGGAUGUUGAGGAGCAUACAAAAGUUAUCACAGAGAACUCCCAUGAUAAUCAUGAUCAGGAAAGUCCUCUGGUUGCAGAUCACACAUUUCCUUAUUUCUGCUCUAACAUGUUGGGCCCAAGCGAGGAGAUGCAAGAUGAUCUCAUUGAAGAAAUUACAUGGCGACUUGCUCUCCAAUCUGUGCUAGAAGGAGAAGAGCAAGAAAGGGUGCAGAAAGAAGUUGUGGAGGAUGACGAAAGUGAAGCAGGAGGAGUUCUUGAUCAUUUCCCAGGGGUGAUACCACAUGAAGAAGAAAGGGGGGUUGAAGAAGCAAUUGGCGUCCAGGCUGAGGACGGAGUUAAGGUGGAAGAGGCCUGCACCGGCCAUGAGUUACAUGUGAUAUCCCCAACAAACUUCGAGGAGCUUCUUGGCAAGGACCCAUUUGCAGUGUCUCUUUGCCAGACCAAGGCCACGUCAACAUCGGUCCCUCUUAGUGGAAGCGAUGGUGGCCAAUCGAUGAUGUCAUAUCUGGUUUGGGGCAAUGAGACGAGAGAAGAGAAGAAGAGGUCUCGAGGGUGGAGACUUCAUCUGCAUCAAGUGCAUGAGCCUUCAUCACCUGCCACACCACAUGCUCGUGACUUGAGACUCCACCUCAUCGACGAGAACCUCAACUUCAAGGAGGUUUUGGGGUGGACCGAAACUUAGGAGCCAUCGUCCGGCUCACGACGUGAAAGAUGCGCUUGUUGGGAGCAACCCAACCAGUCGGUUUGCAUUUCUUUCUCUAUUUCUCCUCGGUUGAGUCAGUUUUGUUAUUUGAUUUUAGAGUCAAUAACUCAACCUUUGUGAGAUUUUGUGUGGUGUUUGUGUUCUGAUUACUCUCUCUUUCUGGAAUGCACCGCCUGACCCGUCUAUCAUCAUUCACCCUUGAUCGGGUAACUUCGUUCUACCCUCCUUAUCUUUCCUCCAUUGAGGACAAUGUCGUGCUUAAGUGUGGGGGGUGUUCGAUUAUGUAUGCGGGUGAAUGUUGGCUGUUUGUGUGCUUAGAGCCUAGUCCACUGUCCAAAUCUCGAGAUUUGAGGGCUCCAAGUACUGUUGUUUGAUCAUAUUGGAACUGUGUUGUGAUUGGUGAAUUGAAUGGUUUUCGGAUUGAUGCAUGACAGCUUGAUUGUGACUAGGACAACCUAUAAUGAUGACUGAGACGUGCAGUAGAAUUGUGUAGGGGUUCAGUUUUUCAACUGUUUGCUUACCAACUAUGACUUGGAUUGAUUACUUGUUCUUGACAGUCUCUUAUGCAUCUAGUUCAGGGAAUCAGAAUGAGAGAUAGAACAUAUAGGUAGCCAUGUGAGAUUUGAGCCUGCUCGUUUCUUUCUUGUGCGAUAGAUCCCUCUUCCAUGAUUUGUAGCAUUCACGUUGUCAUUAGCUAAGAUGAUGGAGGCAUAGGAUUAGCCCACGACCAAAUUGACUGUCCUGGUGUGUCAUAUCCCCUAGUCAGCCCCUUUGAGCUGUGUGUUAUUCCUUCUUUUGGUCUGAAAUGAAAAAAAUCACCCUUUUGCAUCCUUUAGAAGGUUCCACAGAGUGGUUUUUACAUGUUCUCUGCUGUUUCUGCUAAAUUUAAUGUGAGUGUUGGAGAUAGUGCUUAAAAGUUGGGCAUGUGUUUGAAAUAGGUGCAGAAGUGGUGGCUCUCUUAAGAAAUGAAAAGAAAAUGA